AUGUCAGGUCCAAAUCUACACAACGCUCUGCUCCGCCCGCCCAUUAUCCAGAUUCUCCGUGCAGCUGGCUUCCACGCAACCCGUCCGUCAGUCCUCGACACCCUCGCCGACCUCACAGCCCGCUACGUGAUGAUCCUCGCCUCAUCCGCAACCACGCACGCCGCCAACGCCCACCCAAACAACCCCGUCCCAACCCUGGAAGACAUCUACCAGGCCCUACAAGACGCGGGCGCGCUGCGACCACAGCUCCGCGAGUGGGAAGAAGACUGGCACGGCGACGAAGAUAUGCGAGCACUGGAGGGGUUUCUGGGAUGGUUCACGGGCCCAGCGAAUCGGGAAAUUCGACGCAUUGCGGGAUUCCUACCGAGCGAGGGUGACGUUGUAGAUACGGAUUUCCUGGAGAAGGAGGAUUAUCUCACGGUGUUGAAGAAGAAGCAUAGUAAGACGGGAGAGGAGUCGAGAUAUGCGGGAACUGUCCUGGGAAAGAAUGCCGAGGAACAUCCGAUUGUGAUUGAGGGCGGUGCGCCGAGCAUCCAGGAAUGGGGGUCGCAGGUGCGGUCGCGGGCGCCGUAUUUCGCGGAGAACAGCAAGGACAAAAAGGUCUGCUGGGCAACACGGUUGUCUAUGGCCAAGGGAACGAUUGGUCGCCGACUUGCUCGACUGGGUAUUCUUACAGCCCGUAUUAACGGCCAAUAUAUCUAUGCAUCCGGCCAACAUUCUCGACAUGAAGAUGGACGCGCCGAGACCUCGAAUACAGCGGUCCGCCGUGUCGACGUAUAUAUCCUACCCUGGACGCAAUUCAAACAAGGGUAUGAGAUUGGGGCUACUAGCAGAGUGAAAGCGGGCCAUGUGAAGGGAUAUACCACUCAAUUCGCCAUAAAAUCAUUAGCUAUAGUAUCAAUGACUCUCAAUUUCUCAAACAACAACACCACCACAAACACCACAGACACAAUGGUCUACGCCUUCACCCUCCCAACAACCUCCCACCUCUCCUUCCAAACGCACCUAACCUCUACCACGCACCCGUCCCUCCCCCAAGCUGCCUCAACAGCCCGCCACGCCCUCCGCACCGCACUAAAGACACACAAACGCCUACCCCGCGGCCCGCAACAAGACGCCCACCUCUCCACCCUCCUCACCACGCUAACCGAUUAUCUCCCCUACCUAACCGCCAUAACCAACAGUCUCACCAGCACGCGAAUCCCCGAAACGCCGUCUGAAGAGAUCGAAAUCGCGCUACACAGCGAACCCGAACCGUCAUGGCGCCCGACCCUCACCUCCGCCUCGCUCUCCCUCAAACAACCGCGACCCAAAGGCUUGGGCCUUGAAUACGAGCUCGCCUUCGUGCUCACGACAUACGGCUACGUGCUCAGUAAAAUAGCCCACAGCACCGUCACCCGCGUCCUGUACGCCGCGACAACGCCGACCCCCGAAGCGCGCACCGCCGCCAUAACAACCGCAACAAAGCACCUCCUGCAGGCAAGCGCAGUCCACUCCCUCCUCGCCACAUCCCCGGUCUUCGCCCAUGUCUCGCGCUCCGUGUCCGCCGCCCCGGGCAUCGUGCCCGACCUCGACCCCGCCGCGCAGGCUGCACUGGCUUCUCUCGCGCUGGCCGAAGCUACCCUCCUCGCCGUGCUCAAGGACGACUCCUAUGUAUCGGCGUCCAUUCAGGCCCGCAACCCCAAUGAUAAGGAGUGGAUGGUCCGCGCGCCGGAGAUCCCCAAGGUGCGCGCACAUCUGUUUGCCAGACUGUGCAUUCGCGCGGCCGAGUACGCGGAGCAGGCGGCUGCCGGGCUGGGGGCUGUUGGUGCGCAGGGCCGCGCCAGUGUCGAGGAGGAUUUGAUCAAGUAUGCGCGUGUGCUGGGGAGGGUUGCGCGCGCGCGGGCGUGCCGGUUUUUCGGGGUUGAUGCCGAGCUGGCGGGGAAAAUUGGGGAGGGGAUUGCGUGGUUGCGGGCUGCGAAGACGGCACUGGGGGUCAGGGGGGAGAAACAGGAGACUGUAGGGAAGAGUAGGGGGUUUUCGAGGCUGAAGCAGGGGUGGAUGGAACGGAGGGAGGAGCGGAAGAUGGAGAAGGAUGCGGGCAAGAUGGAGAAGGGCGAGUUGGGGCCUGGGGAUAACGCUGGGCGGGAGGAGGAAGGGAGGGUUAUUGAGAUGUUGGAGACGAAGUGGGUGAGGAUGAAUGAUACGAUCAAUACGCAGCUGAUUCCGCCGUCGGCGGAUCUCGUGGCGAACUUGCCGUCUGGUCGAGACAUUCAUUCUGCUCCCGGAGCUUAUAGGCUGCAGGCUUUGGACGAGGAGGAAUUGGUGCGGAUGCGUGCACCGCCGGUGGAGGACGAGUUUGGACCUGGCAAUGAUGUGGAUGAUAGUGAGGAGGAAUCUGGUCUGGCGAGAGAUACGCCGAGCACGGUUCCUGAACGGACUGAUAGUGCUUAUUACUGA